AUGUUCUGGCGUUUUGGCGGAUAUGCCAAUAUCUCCGCUAUCGACACCCUCCUCGAGAAGGCCGAUGUUUCCCUCGAGGAAGUUCUCGACGAAUCGGAGCUUAUGCAAGAGCUCAAACAGCAUAACACAAAACUCAUAGAAUAUUUGCGCGACGAUAAUGUCUUGAAACGAUUACUCGACUACGUUAUUUCACCUAGCCUGAUUGAUGAUGAAGAUGGCCACGAAGAUGAAGGCGAAGAAGACAAAGGAAAGCGGAAGGAAGUGGAGUAUAAUGAGCUUCAUGAUUCACAAGAACAGGGUGAGGAGAAGGGACAGCAGUCUAGUGCUCUUAAUCCCACUCCACUAAGUUCCGGUCUUGACUUUGAAGAGCUGGAAAAUGCAGAGAAGUCGCGUUUGAAAUAUUCGUACAUUGCGUGCGAAAUCUUAUCCUCCAAUUCAUGGUCGAUCAUCGAGUCCAUGAUGCUCAAUGAGGGAUAUCUGCGAGAUUUUUGGCGUUUCCUGUGGAGGAAAGCACCCCUUGAUGCACUUCAGUCUGGGUACUUUACGAAGGUGAACGAGGUUCUGCUUGAGAAGAAGACAGAAGAGAUGCUCGCAUUUAUCAAGUCUCUAGAUGGCGUUGUGCCCACGCUCCUUCAACAUGUGGAUAACCCUAUGAUCAUGGACUUGCUGUUAAAAAUAAUAAGUUUGGAAAGGAUGGAGGGUGGUCAAGGGGUUGUUGAGUGGCUACAAUCGCAGGACUUGAUACCCACCCUUUUAUCUUACCUUUCGACAGAGCACACGUCUUCAACGCAAACGUCCGCAGGUGACUUCUUGAAAGCAAUCAUAACGAUUUCAGCUAACGCGGCGCAAAAUGAUCAUUCUUGUAUCGGUCCCAACAGCUUGACCCGCCAGUUAGUUUCUACGCCCUGUGUGGAAAUGUUGAUAUCUUCGAUGCUAAAGGGUGGAAAUCCACUUACUGUCGGAGUUGGGAUUGUUAUUGAAGUUAUCCGCAAGAACAAUUCGGAUUACGACCCAGAAAACGUUGGAGGUCCGGACUCGCCUCCGACAAUGCAUGAUCCUAUUUACCUCGGCAAUCUUCUGCGCUUGUUUGCGAAAAAUGUUCCUGGAUUUAUGAAUUUGAUACUCAGUUCAAAACACACUGUGAAUGAAGGUGGUCAGCAUCUGGUUGUUGACAGAUCUCGUCUGGAUAGCGCUUGGGGAACCAGCAUUGAGCCUCUGGGGUUUGACAGGUUCAAAACGUGCGAACUGAUGGCUGAGCUUCUUCACUGCAGUAAUAUGGGGUUAUUGAAUGAAAUCGGAAGUGAUGAGUAUAUCCGGAAACGUGAUGCGGAGCGAGAACGGCUACGAGCACAGGGUGCUUUCUCCCAUGGGGAGGAUGAUUCCGGUUUUGACUAUGCUGAAACUACGAAUGAGUUCGUGAACGGUAUCUCUCCAUCUGCACUUGGCUCUGGGUCACCAGAAGACAUCAAACAGCCUGAUGCGCAGCAUGCCUAUGAGGAGGAUGGUUUCGAAGACAUGGCUUCUUCCGGGGUACUUAUAGAUGACAUCGGAGACAAUUUCAAUGAGAAACCCGAAGUCCAAAGUAGCCCUCUACCUAUCGCUGAACAGUUUACAACCAUUCCUCCAAACGCACCGAAAUUAGGCAUGAGUGAUGAUUUUGUUGAUGAGCCGCUAACGCCACUGGAACAAAGGUCUGUUCUAGAUGAGAAAGUUAUCGAACCCCCUUCUCCGCCUCAAUCUCACGAUCCUAUCUCGCCCACUUCAUCCGAACUCACGCAUACUGUGGAAAGCUUUCAUCUUGACAGUGAACAACAGAAACAAAUCGAAUCGCAUGAUGCCACCUGGACUGGAGUUAGCACAAUUGGCGUAUCUGAAGUACAACAACACCCGGCUAAAGACCCGGAUCCUUUAUUAUCACCUCACCCAGAUGACACUCCUGCGCCUCUAUUUGCCGGAAAGGGUUCCCCGACAAAGGUAGAGGGCCAGACUACUACAGAGCAUGAAGUAAUCGAGGGUAGGACAGAAACAGGGGAAACCUUCAGAGGCAGCGCCGCAACAGUUUCCCUAACACCGUCGAUAACCAUGGGCGAUGUUGAAGAAAACUCUGCACACCAACAGGUUCAAAUAGACUCCGAUGGUCAGCCGGUGGUAGGCGAUUAUCUGAAAAUCAUGUUCGUGGAACAUAAAGUCCUGCCCACAAUACUGUCCUUCUUUUUCCGUUUUGCAUGGAACAAUUUUCUUCAUAAUGUGGUGUAUGACGUCGUCCAGCAAGUAUUCAAUGGACCCAUGGAUCGAGGUUUCAACCGGUCACUAGCCAUUGACUUGUUUGAAUCUGGCCAUAUAACAGAGCAAAUUGUUGAGGGUCAACUCCGGAGCGACGAAUCCCAGCGCACCAAAAAUAUGAGAUUGGGAUACAUGGGUCAUCUCACUCUCAUAGCAGAGGAAGUUGUAAAGUUCAGCGAACGUCAUUCCCCGGAAUUACUGUCUGUCAGUGUGAUGGAUAAUGUUCUAAAUCCGGAUUGGAUCGACUAUGUGGAACGAACACUUUCUGAAACCAGGGAAAGGGAUAACGCUAUUUUGGGUGGUGUUAGACCCGAUAUGUCCAUGAGCCAUCGCCAGGCAGUCCUAAAUGCAGUUAGCGCUGCCCAAGGGUUCACAGGUUCAGCGGCACUAGCUAAUGCGGGCCUAAACGGAUCACCUCCUGGUUCGGCCUUCGAAGGGCUCGACGUCAUGACUCAGGGUACCGUCUCCGGAGGAGCCUUCUUCAGCGGAUCCGGUGGCCCAGCUCUACUCAGCGGCUUUGGAAGCUCGAGCGAAGAUGAAGAUGAAGAGAUGGAGGAUCCGGAGGAAGGCGACGAUGGUGGAAGAAAAGGUCACUGGACUAGCGCCGAAACUGGCGCAGAAAAUGGUGGUUCUGCCAAUGCUACAAGCCAGCCAAUUCCAAUGUUGCCCCCGCCCGCGCCUUUGAACAUCCCACCAUCCCGAGCUCGACGUCAGCUAGCAGCACGUCUCGCAGCUCAAAAGGAAAGGGCUGAAACUGCCGCUACAUCACCUCCCUCUGGCAACAAUUCCAGCUACGCUGAAGAUGCUACUUCUGGCGACAGUGGUCAUUUAGAGAACCUGGGUUUCGGUCUUAGUACUAUCUUAGACCCCUUCGGAUCCCCAGCUCUCAGACAUGAAGGAUAUGAUUUACCUGCUAUGGGCAAUACGUCAUCAUACGAUGCAUUUUCUUCCCAUUUCACACAAUACGGAGUACCAUCGUCUCCUCCAUCCACGAUAUCUAGCUUCCCACAGAUCCACUCAUACUCAUCCAACUCAUCUGACGACGGUGACGAACUGUCCACCGAAGCCGUCCAGCGAAAAGUCCGACUUCCGCUCGAAGUUGAUGACGAUGAAGAUGAAAUGGGAGAUAUAGUUAGUCCCAAUACGGAAAUUGUCUCCACUUACUCUGACGAAGAGGACGAAACGAUCGUUGGAGAACCGCUGGGAUAUUCCAGCUUCUUCGAGUCUGCACAUUAUGGUGGUACAUCAGGAACCAGGAUACGAAGCGUUGGUGGUCGACUGUUUCAGUCAGAGGAUCGACAUGAUAGUAGUGAUGACGAAGAGGAUGAUGGCCUUGUAGAGAUAUUGGUACCGGGAAGGAAAUGA